UCACUGCACGGAAAGCUUUAGAAAUGAACUCCUGAAGUCGAAGAAAGUUCGACUGGCAAGCUCUUUGCACGAAGCUUUCAAGCUUCAUACAUUAAUGAAAGAUGGUUAGUUUUUCUCGUCGCGUUGGCACAUUAUGUUUCUUCAACUCGCCUGUUCUUUACCGUGGCGACCGAUAAGAAGCAGUGAAAGUGCUACGUCAUACUGAUGCGUCGUUCUCUUGGGACGCGCCUCGAUUUCGUGACCUCUGCAAGAGAGAAACAAGGAAGGCAUGGCUGCCUCGGCAGGUGACGACCACGUACUACGGCCUACGGCGCUUCAGCUGAAAAAUGUUGCUCUCGUAAUCCUUGCCAUGGCGCUUCCGGUAGCUGCUUGCAGAAUAGACGCUCAAAUCAACCCGUCCGAGUGUGGUGAAGUGGAGCCGACAGGAAGGAUAUACAACGGCGAGCCAGUCACCAGGGAGAAGAUUCCAUGGAUGGUUGCGGUUUUCAGCAAGAAAGGAUCGACGAAGGGGUUUUCUUUGUGCGGAGGAAGCAUAAUCACAAGGAACGUUAUACUGACGGCAGCGCAUUGUGUGAUGAAAAAAGGCCGGUACGCGGCGGAGGUACUCGUGAUGUACCACUUCACGCUGGAUGGCAAAUUCACCGGAGUGUACGCUCAUAAGAUUAUCGCGCACCCAAGAUUUGUAAAACGAAGCGAGGUCGUGCAUGACAUUGCUCUUGUGAAACUGCCAGUGGAUCUGGAAUUCAACAGGUUCAUGAAACCAGUGUGCCUGCCUACACGCAAAAUGAACGUUGCAGGAAAGGGUCUUGUUGUCGCCGGCUGGGGUAAGACAGAAUCGUCAAACCACAGCAAGAGCCUUCGACGUGCAGAAGUUAUUGGCCUCACAGAUGAGCAGUGCCAAUAUCGACUAAGAGGAAAGAAUCCUGAGACGCGUCUCCCGAUCAAACCUGGACCUGCAAUCUGCGCUUUCGCAAUAGGCACUGGAGCGUGUAAGGGGGAAUCAGGUGGACCGCUAACGCUCAGGGGCGACGAUGGAAGGACACUGCAACUCGGAAUUGUUUCUAUGGGUAGAGACCAAUGCCCCACAAGAAGACCACCAGUUUACGUGCGGGUCUCAAGUCACAUACAAUGGAUUGAAAAGGCUCUAAGUAACGCCAGAAUGUGGAGGAAACAUAAGUUGGUCCUAAAAGAAGUUUCUUUUCGCAUGCAAUGAGACGCCCUGCCAUUGCAGCGUUGUGGAAAACUCAAGAUGAAAACGUUGGCGAAAUGUUAUGGCGUAUUUAAGUAUGCCGCGGUAAAACGCAUACGCAAACAGUGCGCAUGAAAGAUGAGAAGUGUGGCCUAAACUGAGUUUAUUAAUAAAUGUGUUUGUUCUGCCCCGA